AUGUCUAAUUCUCGUGGAAGUUGGUAUAGUCCUGGUGGCAGACGUUUUCAAGGCAAUAGAGGGCGGCUUACAAGUAGUAUACCACCUGGUUUGAAAGGCAGAGAAAUCGUUCGCUAUUAUAAAAACCUAAAUAAAGAAUAUCAAAAAAAGAACGUAGUGAUUAAUCUCACAAUUCCGUCUGCCAUCAUAUCUGCUAUAAAUAAAAACUUAAUGUUCAUAGAAACUAUCGCUAAAACUGAAAAUAUAGAAUUGCCUUUCACAAAUAUUUUUGAAUCUCUUAUGAAACCAAAAACUGAAUCAAUUAAGAGAAAAGAAAGCCCUAAUCCUGAAGAAUAUGAUGUUGCUGAUAAGAGAUACAAAGAAGGUACUAAUAUUUCUCUUAAAAACGUUUUGGUACCUAAUUUCAAGACUGAUACAUAUGUGAAUGAGAAUGAAAAGAUGUUACUUAAUGUAAAAGCUGAGAUACAUAAUGAGGUUAGGGAUGAACCCAGUUCAUUAAUAAGUAUGCCAGAUUACAUACCUAUUAAAAGUGAAUCCUGUUCAUUAAGUACACCGAAUAAUAAACCUUUUAAAAGUGAACCGAGUUCACUAAGUACACUAAAUGAUAUACCUAUUAAAACUGAACCGAGUUCAGUAAGUAUGUCAGAUUACAUACCUAUUAAAAAGGAACCCAGUUCAUUAAGUAUUCCUGAUUGCAUACCUUUUAAAAAUGAAAAUAUAAUGAAUGAUUGUUUAAACUCUGAAAGGAUACUAGGUUUAAGAGUAAGACAUUAUAAAUAUGGGUAUCAAGAUAUAAUUACUGGAACAUUUGAUGAGAAAUUAGCAGAAGCUUUAACUCAAGGUAUUCAAAUAACUUCUUACAAUGAUGGUAUUAGAAAAUUAAACCAUGAUUACUAUAAAGAGUACAAUGAAAUGGUAGGAAAGUUGUCUUAUAAUAAAAUGUUACAAUUUCGUGAAACCUUACCUGCUUACAAGAAAAAAGAAGAUAUAUUAGACAAUAUUGAUAAAAGUCAAGUACUAGUGAUAAGUGGUGAAACUGGCUGUGGAAAAUCUACACAGAUUCCUCAACUUAUUUUAGACAGAGCUAUGAAUAAUAAGACGGGGGCAAAUAUAAGAAUACUUGUCACUCAGCCAAGAAGAAUUGCGGCAUCUUCAUUAGCUAUGAGAGUUGCUAAAGAAAGAGCUGAAAUGCUUGGAAAUUCUGUAGGAUAUAGUGUCCGAUUAGAAAAGGUAGAAUCGAGACCUCGUGGUAGUAUUAUUUUCUGUACUACUGGAGUGCUAUUAACUGAACUUGAGGUUAAUCAAGCUUUGUCCAACUAUAGUCAUAUAAUACUGGAUGAGGUGCAUGAACGGGAUACUCAUGUAGAUUUGGCUAUGGCUGUGCUAAAACAGAUACUAAAAAAACGAACAGAUCUAAAACUCAUACUUAUGAGUGCAACGUUAGAUGCAGAAGCAUUGUCAACGUAUUUUGACAAUUGUCCCGUAGUAUUCAUAGAAGGGCUUACUUAUCCCGUCACAGAUGUUUAUUUAGAAGAUAUCCUAAAGCUAACUCACUACCAGAUACAGAAGGAAGUGCUAAAGAAACAUAAAAAGCAAAAGUGGAAAAAAUUUGAAAAGAAGGUUAAAGCGAGGGAGGCGAAUGAAAUGGAACAGUAUAUUCAACAUAACGCUGAAAUUGGACCAUGGCUGGAAUCAAUAAAAAACGAUAUACCUCUUGAUGUAUACAAAACACUCCAAGACCCAGAAAUAGAGACAUUCAAUAUAGACUUAAUAGUUGUGCUCCUAAAUUACAUAUGCAAGGGAGAUCCAGGAGCAAUUCUUGUGUUCCUACCUGGGAUUGGGGAAAUAACUAAAGUAAUGCGAUGUAUGGAAUUAACUGGGUUUUUUAACGAAAGACACGAAAUUUAUCCCUUACAUUCAAAACUAGCAACUCUAGAACAGCAUAAGAUAUUUAUGAGGCCGCCGUUAGGUGUUCGUAAAAUAAUAUUGGCCACGAACAUCGCUGAAACGUCGAUAACAAUUGAUGAUAUAGUAUAUGUUGUCGAUUGUGGGAGGAUUAAAGUAAGCGGUUUGAAUGUUGAACAGAAUAUUUCUACGUUGAAAACUGAAUGGGUGUCUAAAGCUAAUUUACAUCAGAGACGUGGUCGUGCAGGCCGUUGUCAACCUGGCAUUUGCUAUUGCCUAUUAACGUCGUACCGUGCGGGAAAACUUGCCGAUCGGCUUUUACCAGAGUUACAAAGGAGUAAUUUAUUAGAACCGGUGUUGAUGGUGAAGAAAUUGAGACUCGGUUUAGCCUAUACGGCGUUACAGACGGUACCAUCACCGCCCGCUGAGAAAACAGUGGAGUCUGCUGUGAGGCACUUGCAGAAAUGUGGUGCCCUAUACAAAACGGAGACCUUGACCCCAUUGGGAUGGCAUUUAGCAAGACUUCCAGUUCAUCCCGCAGCAGGAAAAUUAUUAUUGUUCGGAGCUCUUUUUGGGUGCUUGGAUAGAGCAGCGAGUGUUGCAGCAGUAUGGAGCUACAAAGAUCCAUUUCUACUUGUUAUUGGCAAAGAAUUCGAAAUUAAGGCUGUAAAGCGAAGGCUGGCGAUGGGUGAGCCGAGUGACCACGUGGCGAUGUCUGAAGCGAUUAUGCAAUGGGAAAGUUGUUCAUACAGAGAUCGUCGUUCGUUCGCCUACGAUAAUUUCCUUUCAUACAACACAUUGGAACUGCUAGUUGAUAUGAAGAAACAGCUGGGAGAAAAUCUCACACAAAUGGGAUUUCUUUCAAGUAGUGACCUACAUGCUCAAUGGGAGAACAGGAAUUGGAAUAAUAUGAGCCUUUUCAAAGCAAUUGUGGCUGCAGCGUUGUACCCCAAUGUAGCACAAGUUCGUUGGCGCAAUUUAAAAAGCGUCAAGAAACAUACAUCCAUUAAGGCAGUUUGCCCUGAAGAUGGCAGAGUCAAGAUCCACAACAGUAGCGUUAUGACUUCUUUGCAUGGUACGCAAAGGCGCGAAGGAAUUUGCACUAACCCCGGGGCUAACUGGUUGGUUUAUUGGCUAAAGCAAAGAAUGUCGGACCUUUUCCUUAUUGAUGUCAACCUGGUAUAUACACUGCCGCUGUUAUUCUUUGGAGAAUUUAGUGUUAAAGAAGAUCUGGAAAAUCCAGAGGAUUGCUUAAUAUCUAUAACUAAAACUAUAAACGUACGAUGCAACAAAAAUACGGCAAACACAAUACUGAAGUUGAGAAUUCUACUCGACAAAGUACUGGCGAACAAAGUUACGAAAACAUGCCCACAUUCUGAGAAACAGAGCCAAUUCGAAGACGAGGUUUUAAAAACCGUGAUUGAACUUAUUACAGCGGAAGAUGAACAAGCUGAUUACAUCGAAGAUGAUAUAUCAGGAGCAUCAGACGAUAACGGGCAUUAA